AUGAGUGCACCGAAGUUUAUCUCACUUCGUGUCACCCGCGACCAGCACGGCAACGCAGUUUCCAUUGAGAGAGAUGAUAGUAUGAUGGAUGAUCAGAAGUACAGCUAUACACCAUCAACGAAACUCUCUACUUCUCAGGCAAUAACAGAUAAUAAACAAAGACGAAAGAAUACACAACGACCACCUUGGGUGCAUCCCAUUAUCUCUCGUGGUACACAGACAAAUACAUCUGAUCUCAUCCUUGAUGAUGAUGAGCAGCCGCCUACCAUUAUUGAGAUGAUUCAGCCCCAAUGGGGAAGUACCACCAUUCCUGUUUCUUCUCCUCUUUCUUCUCCUCCUGUUCUUUUUCCAUCGGCAACACAAGAGGAGGAGAGUCUUUUCACAGAGAAUGGAAAGGGAACAUGUGGAGAGGAGUUUAUCCUUUCCCUUUUUCCAUCACCGAUCAAUCCACACACUUCACAUGUCUCCCCUACACUAGACAGGAGUGGUAAACGGACGAGUGGUCCACAUCUAGCACACAAUAAUAAUAAUAAUAAUAAUAAUAAUAAUAAUAAUAAUAAUAAUAAUAAUAAUAAUAAUAACUCACAAGAGAGUAAAAGCGUGCAAAAGACGUUUGUGUCUAAAUCAUCCUUCAUAAAUGAGCCGCGGAGGUCUGUCAGAAGAAGCGUGCCUAUUGAGCGAUCAAAUGUCUCUGCAGUGCGGUGGUCAAAGUCACUUUUGCAAUCUGGCUCUGUUCAGUCCUCAGUCUCUCCGUUAAGGGAUUCGAUUGAGAUAAUGAAAGGAGAGCAACAGCAGCAACAACAACAACGAUAUGAAGAAAAGGAAGAAAAAGAAAUACGACAAGAUCAAUAUCAAGAACAAACCUCUUUGCUGCAUAAUAAGCAGAAGUUGGAUGAAAUGUUAGGAAUAUGUGAAUCUGUAAUGGAUGAAAGGAUGCUUCCGGAAUCACAAAAGUUGAGAUCACCUUCAUUACAUCAGCAGGAUUCCUCUCACGCACAUGAUAUUCAACAAACAGAGACGAGAGGUCAUUCGGAGGAUAUAAAGAGCGAGAAGAUAUCAGAUUAUCCAUUGUAUUCUCCAUCAUUGAAUACUUCAAAAGAUGAGGAAGUAGUAUCAGAAACGAGUAAAGCUACAAAUAGUUCUCGUGUAUUAAGUGUGCCCAAAGAGGAGGAGGAGAAGAAGAAGAAAGAGAAGAACGUUAAUGUUGAUGAAGAGAAAAGUGCACAUUCUGUGGAAGCUCUGCAAGAGGUAGAUGAAAUGAAAUCCUCCACCAAUGGUGAAGAGCAUAUCAAUCAGCAAGAGAAGAAUGAUAAUACAGAUUCUAUUAUAGAAGUCCUUCGGGGUGAGCUGCAGUAUUCUCAUUCCUGUAUUGAACAGCAACAGCAACAGUUUAUUGAUGCCAUUCGUGAAUCUACACAACAUCAGGGUGAAAUGGUUAAUAUUAUGAAGAAAUUGGUACAAACUCAAAGUAGUGGGGAUCACAAGCAACAAGAAGAAGAAGAGAAAGAGAAUUCAUUAGAUUUACGAGAGUCUUGUACGUCACUAUCUAUUAUGGAAGAUGUGAAGGAAUCUCAAGAUGUUGAGAGUGGAAAAAACAGUAGUAACAUCAGUAGCAGCGAUUACAGUAGUGUGGAAAUUGGUAAAUAUGAAGAAAAGAAGUCCUUUUGCAUGGAGAAUAACAGUGAUAACGAAGAAGAAGAAAAAGUAUCUGAAGGGGAAAAGGAAAAAAUGAUAUUUCUGCCAUCGUGGUAUCAGAAACUCCCGUAUACUCGGGAAGCUUCUCUAACCCGCAAUAUAUCAAACUAUCUCGCAAAGAAAGUGAAUGAAAUGUACAUGCAUGAUUCCCAAGAGAAAAUUCUUGCUGGCUCCUUUCUUUCUUCUGAUGAUGGAAUUCCUGCAGUCUCUCCUUCACACUCCUUCUUAACAAAGGGGUCAAGGGCUCCAGUAGUUCAUGAGGAAGUUGUAGAAGAUCCUUUGGUGUCAUUCUACGAACUUCGUUCUGCUUAUUAUCGUGCGAGACAUAAAGAAUGA